AUGACUCAUAGCAUAGAUCAGAUGCAAAUUGCACAAGUGAGUUAUGACCCAUGUUCAAACUCGAGACCAAUUUACGCAAGACAACAUUCAUCGAAGCGACACAUCUCUGAUAAUGAUAACCAGAAUAAUAUCAGCGACAAUUCAUGUAAACGUGGACGUAACAGUCAUGACGAUUCCAUAACAUGUCCUAUUGCAAAGUUUGGUUGUCUUAGAGAAAUACCUUCUCAUGACUUACAAGAACAUUAUUCAAGCAAAAUUCAUCAAGAAUGUCUUUUAAAAGCCGUUGAAUCAUACGUACAACAAUUAUAUAGUGAACCUAAAACUAGUCUUACUUUAUCAAAUAAUGAAGAAAAUUAUUCUGACAUAAUGGAUUCUGUAGAUAUGCUUGCUGAAGGACUCUCAUCAUUAAACGAUGAUAAUGUUCGAAUUAAUUAUAAUGUUAUGCAACUUCAUAAUAAUACAUUAGAACAACAAAAUCAAAUAGAACAAUUAAAAAAUUCCGUUGCAGAAACUUCUCAAUUUAUGCAUGCUACCCAAAUGAAUACAAAUAUUUUACAAACUGAAAUUGAAAGUCUAAGACAAAUGGUGAUGGAUUUAACAAGUCAAUCAUCACAUGAUGGUACAUUUAUUUGGAAAAUUACAGAUAUUGCGAAAAAGAUCAAUGAUUCUAUCUCGGAACGACAAACAAGUGUUUAUUCUCCACCAUUUUAUUCAUCACCAACUGGUUAUAAAAUGUGUAUGAGAUUGUACUUUAAUGGUGAUGGUCAAGCACGACGAACACAUCUUUCACUUUUUUUCGUACUUAUGAGAGGAGAUUAUGAUGCUGUAUUAGCAUGGCCAUUCUCUUAUAAAAUUACAUUCUGUCUAUAUGAUCAAACAAAUAAUCAAAAACAUAUUAUUGAUUCAUUUCGACCUGAUAUUAAAUCAAAUAGUUUUCAACGACCAAAAUCAAAUAUGAAUAUUGCAUCCGGUCUACCUAAGUUUGUUCCUUUAGCUGCUAUUCAACAGGAAAAUAAUCCAUAUGUACGCGACGAUUGUAUGUUCAUCCGAUGUAUUGUUGAUUUCGUAUCAACACCAAAAGAAAUGAUACCUUAUAUAUGUAGUCUCAAUAUGGGCUUGCCAAAAACAGUUCAACAAACAAUGAUUCGGACUGAAAUUGAACGACGCAAUUUAGUAACAUCAACAUUAUCAAAUUCAGAGAAUGAUUCUAUGAAAAAAGAUAGUUUACACUAA